AAAUUCGUUCAACUAGCCCACCAGCAUGUAGUGGAGCGCUAGUUGUUGCCUCUGGCCCCGGACGGAUUGAAGGCUUCCCGAGAAUUCCUAGUUCCGUUCCGUUGCUGGAGAAUGGAAGAUGGCGGAGUCUGAGAAGGGGGUGGGAUUCCAGGCAAGUGAAUUUGGUGUGGAUGAAAAGUUGAAAAGAUUACGUUUGCCUCCCCGUCCUCACGCCACCAUUGACGAAGUAAACGGUGAAGUUGCUCCUGAUGCCAAAACCAAUGGUAUCGGGAGCCUCAGAGGAACUUCUGCAUCUGGAUCGUCGAAAGUAUCAUCCGCCGAAAAGCGCGGAAGGUUUAACAUAGGGCUGCUGCUACGUCCGUGGAAAUGGCGGAAGCGGAAGAAAUCGGAAAAGUUCGAGGCCGCUUCGAAGUGCCUCGAACGCAAGAUGUCGAUGAGAAGUGAAAGGGACGAGCUCAUCAAAAAGGGUAUACUACUUCCUGAUUCGUCUCUGUCCCCAGUUUCCUCGGAGCCAUCAGAUAUCGGGAGUGCACUUCACUCUUCAAAUGAUGGCAAGUCCAGUAUAAAUGGAGUUACUUUCGCUUGUUUUUUGGGCAGCAAGUUGGCUCAUGAAUAUAGUAACGGGGAUGCAACGGGAGAUAAUAUGCAUGUUUCAUCGGGAAUGGGUCCCGAACUUGUGCCAUCUCGACCCUCCGUGGGCGAAAAUUUGGAGUAUACUUCGGACGGAGGUAUCUGCGAGUCGUAUCUCAACUCCUGGAACACAGGUCACUUGGAUCCUCCCACGUCGGCAUCUUCCACGUCCUCCUCGUCAUCUAACGGUCUUCCAGCAAUACCACCCCCACCUCCUCCGCCUGCUGGCACACAGCUCGGUCGUAAUUCUCCUAGCGCUGUCCAUCAUGGCAUUUCACCCCUUUCCAAGUUUAUGCAAACCUCGCCGCUCGUGGGAAGCACCGGAAGCUUGCCACAGCGUUUUCCGCCAGCCUCGUCAGCUGCUACUCCCUUCCGUAUUGCCAUGCUCGGCAGCCGCGGCUCUGUUCCUACGCCGCAAACUUCAAUCGGGAGCAACGUUCAGACGUCCACUCCUGCAAAUGUGACCAGCUCAGCAGCGCCGUUCACCUAUGGUUUUCCGGCUCCAUUGCAGACUUCAGGACGAUUGCCCGUGACGAUGGGCAGUCCUUUGCCGGGUGGCGUCUGGCGACCGCAUUCAUGUCCUAUUGCAUUCAAUGAUAUGCAUCAGGAAUUUUCCAACUCUUCUCUAGUCAGUGCUCGUGGGUCACCAAUUGGUGGUAACCCAAGUACCGUGAAAGAAAGCGGAAGCGAAGAGGAGUCGCCAUCGCAAGCGCGUAAUCUCGUUCCAUCACAGUUCCUUCAACGUCGGAUGAUGGGCUCAGCGCUCCUGCGGUCGGGUCACGUGGACGCUAAUAGCAAACCGCGGCCUGGUGGAGAAUCCCCGAAGCCCACCGGGAGCACUGCCGAGUUCGAUCAGAGCAAUCCUCCACCGGCGUACCCGCAUUCUAGCUUGCAAGAACUCCCUGAGCCUCCGAUUCCAGUGUCUGAAAUUGGGCCCAUUCCUCCACCGCCGAUGUUCUCGUCGCCUAGUCCGCUUCUACCUCCGAAACAUGGACAAAGCGUUCAAUUUCCUUCACCUAUGGUCGGACCGCCGCCUUCCUAUAGUAGUAGCACUGCUACCCGUGGAGUGCACGCAGCCAUCCGACCGCAAGGUGGCCCGAGUGGUGUUCAAAAUGUGUCCACGGUUCCUUACUCUGUGAAUUCUACCAUUGAUCCCAAAGGAUCGAUAGAAUCUCGAUCUGCAACAUUGGCUGCUGUGGAGGCAAAUCUCGCCGCGGAACUCAAGCUGAUGAAUCAGCUACGAGCCCGUGUAGAGGGUGAAGGAAGAAACCUUCCCGUGAUAGAUACUGUGAGCGCUGCGGCCGGCGGACGUGGCGUUGUAGAAGAAUCUGACGAAGACAGUGACGAAGAAAACGAUGAAGGUCUUCAACACGUCAUGCAGAACCUUAACACUGGAGCCACGCGCCACCGAGUGCGGAUUAUGGAAAAUGAUGGGAAAGUCAGUGUCGCAAACGACGAGGACGAUUCAGACAUUUCCGACGACGACGAAGACCCGCGCGGGCAGCACCAUGUCCACAUGGAUACAACAAGAGUUGAGGAAGUUCCCGCAAAAGAGCCUCGGUUUGAUAUUCGACCGUUGAAGUCUGCAUUGAAGAAGGCUAAGUAUUCAACGGUUCAACCUCCGCAAGUGCCAAUGUCUGCGAUGCGUACGAUGAGAGAAUUCCGUGUACAACAAACUCCGUUGUUGGAUACGGGAAAGAUUCGUCUCACGAGGAAACCCAAUACCGAAGAAUCCACUGGAAACCCUGUUGUGACUGUUCAAGAAUGUGAUAGCAGUGAUGAAGAGCCUGUGAUGUACAGGGAUGAUUCGGAAGAAAGCUUACUUUCAUGCAAAGUAGCAAGGAAAGAUUCUCUAGCGUUGAAACUGGCGAUGAGGCCAGACAGACAAGAGUUGAUCAACCGCAAUAUUCUGCACGCUGAAACUGAGAAAGAGCGUUUGGAAUCGCGUGAUGCUGUAGGUGCGAGGUUGAUGAGGCGUCUAAGUUUGCGUCCAACUCAAGAAGAGUUGGAACAACGUAACAUCCUCAAACGGUAUGCUCCGGAGGAGGAACGAAAGCAGAAAGAGCAGAAGAAGAAGAUGCUUCUGAGAAAAUUAAGCUUCCGUCCAACAAUUGAGGAGUUGAAAGAACGGAAAAUUAUCCGGUUCAACGACUACAUUGAAGUUACCCAAGCUCAGGAUUAUGAUCGCAAAGCGGACAAGCCCUGGACGCGGCUAACUGCUAGGGAGAAGGCUGCUAUUCGGAAAGAAUUGAAUGAGUACAAGAGUACCGAGAUGGAGGUGCACGAGGACAGUCGACACCUUACACGUUCAGCCAGUCGGAUCACAAAUAUCUUGACUAGCAUAACGCGACUGUUGGAACGGAGAGCGCGUGCUAUGGAUCAAGCUGAAACUCUGAACAAGAUCAAGCUGAAUCUUUUCAGCUUCGAUCAAGAAAGUGCAAGGUUUUUUGCGGAUAUUGAGCGGUUGAGGCAGUCGUUGUCCACUUCUCAGACAGAAAAUGAACGUGUGGAAGAGCUGAAGCGUGUGAACACCCGGCUGCUGGAUAGUGUAUCAUCAUGUGAGGAUAAAAUCCUUCAACUGCAACAAGAUGCUUAUCAGGCGAAAGCAACAAAUGCUCAAUUGCAGUCCGAACUCCUGAUGAUGCAGAAGAAGUCUGCGGUGCCGGAGAAGAGGGUUCGACGUUCGUUUCGAAAAAGGUCGUCGAACGGAGAAUUUCGCAUUCCAGACAACGUCACGUCAACGUCUGACCGUCAGCCGGAUCGAAUCGAUCCGUCCGUAGUUACAGAUAGUGAAAAUCGAGAUGCGGCUGACUUUCAAGAGAUUUUGGAAGACCUGUCGGAGAGGAACCUUGUGGCUUUUGAGGAGUAUAAAUCUAAAUUGGAUCUCACGGAGUUGUCGAGGAAAGCCCAACAGCUCAGGGACGCUUCUCGGAUUAACGAUCUGACGAACGAGUUGAGAGACUUCCGAGAAUCGUUUCUCGAUGCUAUGCAAGUUAGAUUAAACCAGCGGGAGUCCUUCUGUGAGAGCGUCAAAGUUCUGUUGAGCAAGUUAGAAUCGUUCGACACAUCCAGCAAGUCGAGAGAUUCAACUCCUGUUUUUCGACAAGAUCCAGGCGUGAAGCAGUACAAAAGACGUAUCGCAGCCUUGCAGGCGGAACUGGAAAAGGUGAAAUCCGAAGGAAGAAGCAACCAGCGACUGUUGCGUGAGACGCAGGAAAAGUUGAAGACUGCCUGUGAGCAGAAUCGGACUUUUUCUGAAAAAUUGGCCAGAGUUAACGAAGUGUGGUCUGGGAAGUAUCUGAAAUUGAACGUCCGAAGGCAACGAGACGCAGAAGGCUACAGAAGUGAAAUCAGCAUCUUGAGGGAUUCCCUGAAAAGAGCGAAUGAGCUCCUUUUCAGAGCCAUGGCCAAAGGGAAUAUUCCGAAGCCGUGUUGAGAUUUUUGCGAUUAUUGUGCAAUUCUCACUCAAAUUUUGUACAAGAUUCCUUUUGUGGAUUAUGCAUAUUUUUCCACGGAAAAGGAAGCUGUUCCAAUGGCGACAUUUGACGCUUAGUUUGAAAGAUUGACGGCUCUCCCAAAAUUUUUAAGCCUUUGAAUCGAUUUAUUUCUUUCGUAAGUUUUUCAAUAAACAUAUUGUUUUGCUCA